AUGUUCACCUGCGAAGACGAGGAGCCUUUGGACCUCACGGCACGUGGUGGUGGCUUCGGGCACACCGGCGUGGCAAGCCUUGAUACAAUCAUCCAGUCGCUGAACAAGCGCUACGAGGUGUACCAGCGUAGGCGUACCGCCAUGACGCCGUUUGGCACGCCAGGUGACCCCUUUAUCCCCGCUCCGCCCACUCCGCACCCCAUUCUAGGCGACAGCAAGAUGGCCAGUGGCGUCUCGAUGAACACCGGCGGCGUCGGGGGUGGUGGCGGGGUUGCAGCGCCGCAGUCAAGCGAAUCCCCGAAGGAGUCCAUCAUCGUCCCUCGCGCGCAUCCGGCCCCGUACUGGGAGGAGCGAGAGCUCUACAUCGUCGCUGAGGACCUCUGCUGCUGUCUCAACGGUGGUAUCAACUACCGACUGCUUUGCGAGCAGAACCAGCGGGCAUUGGAAGUGCUGCUGACGCUGGUGCGCGAAGAUGUGCAACUGUGCAUGUCGAGCGAGCUGGUGUUGCUUCCAGGCGGCACAGUGAGACCUUUUCUUGCGAAGCUCAAGGAACUCUUGACGGAGUCCAAGCGCCUACUGGGCGAAGCAGGCGUGAGCGUGCCACCACGGCUGGCAAACAUGAUUGAGCAGCUACCCAGUAGCGGUGGCGGUGCUAGUCAUGCCUCAUUGCACGCUGGCCACAACAGCGCUGCCGUUGCUUCGGCGCACCGUGGGGGGGCCCCACUGUCAACAACGUCGACGGCGCUCCACCCCGGCCGCAGCACCCUAAGCGCCUCCAUAAUGGCAAACGGACGGCUCACUGGCACGAGCGGCGGCGGCGGUCACGCGCCGGGCAGUGCUGCCGCCGGUGGUUCCAUAUUCGAGGCAGCAGGAAGCCGCUCAAACCACAGCGGCAACCUCCCCAGUCAGUACACGCAGUCGCAUCAUUCUGCGCCACCGCACAGGAGUUCACCUUCAGCAGGCCUGCACGGUGACAGCAUCCGCGACGGCGGAGUGGAAGGUGGUAACGUGGCGGCUGCCGAACGACGACCUUCACCGGCUCCGCCGAGCCGCCCGCAUCUAGUGUCCCCCGAUAAUGGGUACCUGCAUCUCGGCAACCCUGGUAGUACCAACGGAAAUGGAUUGCUGCGGCAGCCACAGCCGCCGGUGGUAUCGUCCUUUAGGCACCUCUCUUCCGCGGGUGCUUGCCGCAACACACCAGGCUUGGCGACCACCAUGGACAGCCUGCCCGUGGGCUGCAGCGGCGCAGGCGGGGAGGGUGCCAGUGGGGUAGAUGUACGCAGCUCACAUGAAAGCGGCUGCAGCAUCUUGCGAAGCGGUAGUGGUUGUCUGAAUUCGUGGUUGCCGGGGGCGGAUCUGGCCCCGAUAACUAAACGCAAGGCGUCCCCCAUCGCCACAGACGGGCGUCCCCCCCAGCGCCACGCGCCACCACAGCCAGCAACGACACCCAUGAAGCAGUGUGCCGCUACCGAGAGCACAUCACCGGUUCCCACCACGCUCCUGUCGACUGGCGACGUACCAGGCGUGCAUGGGCACUCGCAUGGAGUUGUAUCGGACAGUCUUGUGGACAGCAACUCAGAGGCGCAGGUGAACACCGAUGUGCUGGCCGUAAAGAUACCUGGCGAGGAUGCGCACGACGUGCUCGCUGCCCCUGCGCCGGGGCGUAGGCGCCGUCGGCAGCUGGAGGACCUCUACGGGGAGUUCUACGCGAUGGACGGCAUGGCCCUGCUCACCGAUGCCCUCGGCGUCGUCCUCACACGCGAGUACGACCAGGCCGCUUCGCAGCAAGGCGAAGACGCCUUUGCUGCCUUCCAGCGGGAUGUGUACGCCAAGGUCAUGCCAGUCCUGCAGUCAUGCGAGAGUCUGCAGGGCUGUAUCACCGACCUGGAACCGCUUCGGAGCUCUUACCUCGCGAGCUGUCUCGCGCACCGCGUCCGGCCCAGCGGCGCUGUACUCGAACGCCUCAAGGGGAUCGAUGAAGACCGCUCUGUUGAAACGUUGCUCUUGGGAGGACUGCACCUUGGCAACCGCGGUUUGGUGGCCCUUGCGGAGAGCGUGUUGCCGCGACUCUACCGGUUGCGUCGGCUAGACCUCAGCGACAACAAUGUGAGCGAUAGCGCUCUUGAACCGCUGCUCCGCUCCAUUCGCUAUCACCCCUCGCUGGAGCACCUGAACCUCUCACACAACCCGCUGACCGAUGGCGCUCUGCCGCUCCUGUUGCGCAUAGCCCAGACGUUGCCGCGGCUGUCGGAGCUGCUGCUACGGAGCUGCGCCAUGAAGCCGGCAGCGCUGCAGAUGGUGGAGACAGAGGUGACAACGCCUAGCACGCACGCAAUCCCAGGAGAAGCGGGUGGGCUCAGUUUGCAGCCACUCACUCGUGUCGGCAGUGCCACCGUCUCCGCAACGAGGACCGCCGCCGCCUCAGCACUGCAGCCGAGGCCGCCUUCGAGCCUGCCACGCCUCACGCUACCACGGGGCGAGCGGCGCUGGUCACCCAUGUCCAUGGGGCGAGCUGAAUCGGUGCCAAGUGGGAGCAGUAAGGGGAUCGCUCAAAGCGAGAAAGCACUCAAGGAAAGGCUCCCAAUAGGCAUGAAAGUGGCCCUGGAGCCCAUCCUGCCUGCUCUGGCAACGCUCUCGCCCAAUUCCUUGUCGGACCGCUCGCCACCCGGCCGCAAAGAUGGGGCUGGAGACGACAAGUGA